GCGACACCCUCCGGAAAAAGGUGGAAGCUGAAGGAUCCCAGCUGUGCGCCCGCUGGGAGAUCGCUGGGCACCCUGAAGCUUUUCUGAUUCAGACAGUGGAGUGGAUCUCCGAGAGCGCCACCAUCACCACAUUCCAAGCAGAUGCGGAUGGGGAGAUUCGCCUGGACGGCGUCAUGGCCUACCAUGCGAUCCUUGUCUCCAUCUACGCGAGGUCGAAGUCGUCGAAGUCGUCCAUGAUGUCCAUGCGCCUCCUGGGCAACGCCGCCAUCCCCUGUGAGAAGUUCAUCGAUGGCGGCUUUGAUGGCGAGCUGCAGUUUCAUCUGCGCGGCAAGGUUGUGCCGGACGUUCACGUCAAGGUGUCCAUUUCCCCCGUACUCAGCCGCCAAGCGGCGGUGCAGCGGGGCCGCAGCAGCAUCCGACUGACCAUUCAGGGAAACAAUGUGAUGUCCCUCGAGGGAGAACUCGAGCAGGAGCUCGAGGAUUGUGGCAUCGCCUUCGACGAAGAAUGCAGCUCCAACGUGCAAGCCUGCGAGCUUGCAGGCAUCAGUUUUGAGCCUCCUCUUGAAAACGAGCGCUCACUUGCGGAGAUGACCGCAGACGACGACUUCCAAAGGAAGUGCAGCGAGCUGGGCAUCGUCUUCACGUCUGACGAGGAGCCAGACGCCUCGGAAGACCUUCGAAACCGCAGAGUGCCGCAGGAUGAAUUGCUCACUGUCGCCGUGAUGCCGUGCACCUAA